AUGCUCCGGACCGUCAACUCGCCUGUGUUGCGGCUUUCCCGUCCCUUCCACAUCCCGCGAGUAUCGUCGCUCCCGACGCGCAAACUCGCUACAACUCUGCGCCGCCUGGCCAACAGAGCUGUCGUAUACAGCAGUAAUGGCGAACCAUCCAGUGUGCUUUCCACGAUUUCCUAUCCCGACCUCCCGCCUCCGCCUCCAGAUGGGGUGAACGUAGAGUUCCUGCUGUCUCCUAUAAACCCGGCGGAUAGGAACUUAGUACAGGGUGUAUACCCCGUCAAGAAACAGACUGAGACCUUGGGACACAGCAGCGGUGUGUAUGUUGGAGGUAACGAGGGCUUAGCGAUCGUCAAGAGCGUGGGAGAGGAAGCGCAGCAACAGUUCGGGUUGAAGGAAGGGGACUGGGUGGUUAUGGGUAAACAGCAAGCGGGGACAUGGUCGAGCGAGCGGUGUGUAGGUGCGCAGGACGUGAUCAAAGUACCGAAGGACAUUGGGGAGGUACAUGGCGCAACAAUUACGGUUAACCCGCCGACAGCGUAUAACAUGCUUCGAGACUUCGUCAACCUGAAGGAGGGAGAUUGGGUGCUACAGAAUGGAGCCAACAGUGCCGUAGGAGAGGCAGUAAUACAGAUCGCCGCGCAUCGUGGCCUGCGGACGAUCAACUUCGUGCGCAACAGAACGGAUAUCGACGGACUAAAGCAACACCUCCAGUCUCUUGGAGGAACACACGUCUUCACUUACGAUGACUUGUCCGACAAAUCUACGAUCAACCACAUCAAGUCGCUCAUAGGCGGUAGCGACCCCAAGCUCCUGCUGAACUGCGUCUCCGGCAAGGACACGACCUCCAUGCUGCGUCUUCUCGGCGCGGAUGCGACACUCGUCUCGUACGGCGCGAUGUCGAAACAGCCGCUGAGCGUGCCGACGUCGUAUUUUAUCUUCAAAAACCUCAAGACCUGUGGGUUCUGGCAGAGUCGGUGGUAUAACGAGCACUCGAGAGAGGAGCGCGAGGCCUUGAUGAACGCUAUCGUCGAUAUCAUCCGUGCAGGGAAGCUGAGAGAACCAGAGCACGAGACCGUCACUAUCCCUGGCAGCACGAGUGAUGAGGAGGCUACACAACUCGUGCGGGAGACCAUGAGGAAGGUGGAGGACGGUGCGGGGAGGAAGGUAUUGCUCCGGGUCGAGAAUGUUGAGUAGAUGUGGGGAAGGGGAAGGAGUAGAGAAGAGAGUGCAAGUAUGCAUAUUGGGCAGAGCCGGUGAUCCGUGUUCGUUGCGAUUGCAGGGCGUUCCAAUGAUUUUCGGGCGGUCGCCGUUAUCCGUAUAGAUCGGAUGUGUAAGGCAUCUGUGCGGCGUAGUACUUGUCCUCUUGCUGUGUCUGUCACCAACACCAAUACCGGCGCACGUAUUCCGACGAUCGUGAGCG